CCUAGCUCAAUUGUGACCUGUCAUCAUAAGGCUACCUUACCUACGCCAGGCGUUCGUCUACAUGACUGACCAACUGUAACAUCAUCAUCAUCUACUUAUUGUGUCUACCUAACAGCACUAAACCAAGCAAACAAGAGGGUCACCUCACGACCACAGAUUUCUCUCGGCCAGCCGAGCAAUCAAACAAAAACGAUGCGUACAAGCAUCCUCCCCGCGCUCCUCCCCCUCCUCCUCUUCCCCGCCACCGCGACCGCCAAAGCCAAGCCCAAAGACGCCAUCCUCCUCUCCGCGGUCCAAUCCCUCACGCUCCGCGCCAACAAACAGACCAGCCACCGCCGCGUCUCCUCGAUCCCGCAGCUCAGAUGCGUCUCGUCCCCCAAGGUCUGCGCCCUGCACCCCGUGGACGUGAUGCGGUGCACGAACGAGGGGAGCUCGUACGGCGCCGAGGACGUCGAGUGGUCGUGCGCGGCCUCGCUGCCGCCGGAGCUCAAGCUGGGUUCCACGGACGUCAUCUGCGAGGGGUACGCCGGCCCCGACGACCCUUACGUCCUCCGCGGCAGCUGCGGCGUCGAGUACCGCCUGGUCCUCACCGACCUCGGCGAGGAGAAGUUCCCCGAGAUCGCCAACGCCGGGAGCGGGGGUUGGUUUUCGGGCUGGGGGCCAGGAGGGAGUCGGAACCGCGAACCAUUGCAUAACUUCGACGACAAGAGAGAACAGGGCUCGACGAUAGGCGCCUGGCUGUUCGCCUUCAUCUUCUUCGGCGUCCUUCUCUGGAUCGUCUUGUCGGCCUGGAGACAGGCUACCGCGCCCGACGGCGCGGCGCGGCGAAGGCCGCGGAACGGAUGGUUUGGUGGCGGAGGAGGCGGUUUCGAUCCAGGCUGGGGGCCAGGCGGCGGUGGUGGUUACGGCGACUACGACCCGCCGCCACCGUACGACAAGUAUGGGAGCAGUAGUCAGGGAGGUUGGCGCCCUGGCUUCUGGUCUGGCCUAGCAUCGGGUGCUGCGGCGGGCUACAUGGCUGGAAAUCGUGGGAACCGGCAACAGGAAUAUCGUGAUUUCUACGGAAGGGGUAGUAGUGGUAGAGGCGGCUGGGGUUCGAGUGCAGCAGGGCCAAGUUCAAGCAGCUGGGGUUCAGGCUCUGAUUCGACGUCAACCUCAUCUUCGAGAUACACAAGCACAGGUUUUGGGUCUACGAACAGGAGAUGAAGAGCAAAUUUAAUAAUAGAAAGCAUCAUCUUUCGAGUCACCCAGGAAGAAGUAGUCAUGAAUACAAAAUUUGAAAGGUACUUGUGUUCGUACAGUUUAUUAUGGGAGCCGCCUAAUCGCCUUCAUGCUUUCUCAUGCUCUUUCGUCUUAUCCUGUAUCAACGGUGACUGCCUCCCGACUGCGAGCUCGCUCGAGGCAAUACUUUAUAUCCUCUUG